GACAAGGCGCGCGGGCCGGCCUUGGUUGCUCGCGGGCCAAUCGCAGCGGGAAACGGGCGGAGUGCGCCCGCCCACCGGGCCAGGCAUAUAAGGCACUGUCGACGGCGCUGCCCCGCAGAGUUUCGGUCACCGCCGCGGGGAGGGUCGCUAUCUGGGGGCGCGUCGUCGGCGGAGACCCGUUCAAGCUGGGACUGCUCUCGCUUCGCUUCCCUCCCCUCCUUUGGAUUACUUGCCUGGAUUCCUCUUCGCUGCUGCCGGCCCGCUUUGCGGGGAGGCCGGGGUCGUGUUCCCGCUUUCGACCGCGGGAAUCGGAGCUCGCCCUCGACAUGACGCUAGAGGAACUGGUGGCUUGUGACAACGCGGCCGAAAAGAUGCGGUCCGUCGGCGAGGCGUUGGAGCAGCUGCUGGUCGCGGCGCAAAGGCAGGGCUGCCUGACGGUGGGCGUCUACGAGGCCGCCAAGCUCAUGAACGCCGACCCAGACAGCGUGGUGCUUUGCCUGCUGGCGGUGGACGAGGAGGACGGGGAGGACAUCGCGCUGCAGAUCCACUUCACCCUGAUCCAGGCCUUCUGCUGCGCCAACGACAUCCACAUCCUGCGCGUCUCGGGCCUGGAGCGCCUGGCGGUCGUGCUGGGCGAGGGGCCCCAGGACGGCGGCGCCGCGGAGCCGCGUGACCUGCACUGCCUGCUGGUGACGACCCCCCACACGGACUCCUGGACCAGCCAGGGCUUGGCUGAAGUGGCCACCUACUGCCAGGAGAGCCGGUGCAACAACCAGUGGGUGCCCUACGUGGCUCUGCAGGCGCGCUGAGGCCCCUUCCCGGUUUCUGCUGCGGGCGUCGCGUGUGAAACCAUUGCAUCCACAGGAGGAGGAAUGUUGUUUCUGUAAAAAUUACGGUAGCGCCUGACUGUCGGAAGGCGAGUGGGGAUGAGUCACGCAGACAGGCGGCGGCGGCGAGCGGGCGGAAGGUCUGACCAGGCCCGGAGCAGGAAGGGGAGGAGGGCUGCUGCUGCUGCUGCUGCUGCUCCAUCAGCUGGCUGCUCGGAAGGAGGCGGAAGGCGGCUGUGGGAAGCAGUGGGCGCCAGGCUGCCUGUGGGCGGAGGAGCCUCCUGCACGAAUGCCAAGUGGACCGCCAAGGAGGGACUGCGCUGGACAGCCAAGCCACCGCUCGGAGGUUCAGGGUCGGAGAGGGGGAGAAGGAGGCCGGAGCUGUCCCCUCCCAGGACUUGUAGGGAGGAGUCCAGAGGUAACCCAAAUUCUCCUCCAUGAACUUGCACAAACAGGACAGAUUUUCAAAAGUUAGCUGCAAAGUAUUUUUCUACUUCUAAGAAGCCUAUUGAUGGUGAAAGUUUUUAUUUAUCUUGGAAGAUUUGCACAUUUGUUUUCAGCCUUUUUCUGAAGAUGAGAUUCUGAAGAUAGAGGAGCCAAAUGCAAAUUUAUUCUCAUGCCUGGAUUAAAACGAUAAUAAACACAUUUUAUGUUCUGAAAAUAA